AGACGAAGACCGGCGCUCCUCCAUUUUUCUAUAGUCAUACACUUCCCAUUGCUCUCUCUCUCUCUCUCUCUACGUAUAUCGCACUUUAUUUCUUAGGGCGUCGUGGUUGUUGUUUUAUCUUUAUGUGUUGUACAGUCGAAGUGUAGAAAUAAGGGGAAAACUUGAACCACUGAGCUGCCGUGGAAAUAAAUUGGGUUUUUCUCAGGCCAUAAAUUAUAGCAACGUCAAGCGUUUUCGAUCGAGAGUUUUUGUGAGUGAGGUUUUGAGCCUGGAAACCCUCAUGCAGAGGAUCUAAGAGAAGUUUCAAGGAGUUGUGAAACUGUUUAGAAAGGAAAAUGUUGGAGGGUCCAAAAUUUACCGGGAUUAUAGACCUAAACUAUGCCCCUGACAAUUAUAAUCUCUCUCAAAAUUUUUAUCACAAGCUCAAUGAGGGGUCAAACAUGUCAAUUGAUAGUUAUGGAAGCUUGCGGAUGAGCAAUGGUGGAGGUUCUGUGGACAUGUCGACAGACAACAGCAGUGUUGGAUCAAAUGGUUCCCGUACACGCAUCUUGGGCCAUCAAGGCCUCAAGCAUGUUAAAAACUAUUUUGAUGCUGCAAGUGUCAAUCGUGGGAGAGUCUCUCAUGGGCAGAGCGAUGAUGCUCUAGCUCAAGCUUUGAUGGACCCUCAAUAUCCUACGGAGGGGCUUGGGAAUUAUGAUGAGUGGACGAUUGACUUGAGGAAGCUUAACAUGGGUCCUGCUUUUGCUCAGGGGGCUUUUGGGAAGCUCUACAAGGGUAUUUAUAAUGGUGAGGAUGUAGCGAUUAAGCUUCUGGAGAGACCAGAGAAUGAUUCAGAGAGAGCACACUUGAUGGAGCAGCAGUUUCAGCAGGAGGUUAUGAUGUUGGCAAGGUUGAAGCAUCCGAACAUCGUUCGCUUUAUUGGUGCGUGCCGCAAACGCAUGGUCUGGUGUAUUGUGACAGAAUAUGCAAAGGGGGGUUCAGUGCGUCAGUUCUUGACAAAGAGACAAAACCGAUCUGUGCCUUUGAAAUUGGCUGUAAAGCAGGCGUUGGAUGUGGCUAGAGGGAUGGAAUAUGUGCAUGGCUUAAAUUUGAUUCACCGUGACUUGAAGUCUGAUAAUCUUUUGAUCAAAACCCCAAAGAAAAGGAAAAGGCUAUUGGAGGGGGAAUUUGUGCUGUCAGCUUUAAUCACUAACCCUGAAAAAUCAUCAUCUGUUCAGACUUGUCCACUUGAUACUUGUCUGUUGAAGAUGUCAAAUCUGGAUCUAUGUAGUUCUUGGUGGAUUGGUGGAGGUAUUAGUGUGACAGUGAUGGAUGGACAAUGUCGAAUGAUUAAUAGAAACAAGUCUUUGAUGUUGCUUUUACAUCUACACAUUUACAGGGAAAUGAUCCAGCAUAGGCCAUAUACACAGAAAGUUGAUGUGUAUAGCUUUGGGAUUGUCCUGUCAGAGCUCAUCACAGGAAUGCUUCCCUUUCAGAACAUGACUGCUGUUCAGGCAGCAUUUGCUGUCGUCAACAAAGGCGUCCGUCCAAAUAUCCCCAAUGACUGCCUGCCUGUUCUCAGUGAGAUCAUGACCCGCUGCUGGGAUGCUAAUCCCGAUGUUCGGCCAUCCUUCAGUGAGGUGGUCAGAAUGCUCGAGGCUGCAGAAACCAAUAUCAUGACCACAGUCAGAAAGGCUCGUUUCAGGUGCUGCAUGAGUCAGCCGAUGACUACAGAUUGAUGCAAAGAGAAUAAAGAAUUGAAAAGGAAACUUUUGACAUCUGAUUGUAUGUCAUCUGUAUGUAUCAGGCUUAAUUUAUUUCUUCAUAUAGAAAAGGAGACGAAAUUUAUGAUAAUAACUGCUUGUUUUGUGUUUCUCUUCCAAAUGUUUGGAUUGAAGAUACAAUGAACUAGUAGUAACAGUGGUGAUUUUGAUGUGUAUUUAACUAUUUAUACAUGCCCUUUGUUCUGUUUACAGCA